UCUCUCCUGUGUUGCAGGUAGUGAUGGCGUCUUCCGUCGUCCUCCACACUGGGCAGAAGAUGCCUCUCCUGGGGCUGGGUACCUGGAAGAGUGAGACUGGGCAGGUGAAGGCCGCUAUCAAAUACGCUCUGAGUGUUGGCUACCGCCACAUCGACUGCGCCGCCAUCUAUGGAAACGAGGUGGAGAUUGGUGAGGCCUUGAAGGAGAGUGUUGGGCCUGGCAAGGCUGUUCCCCGGGAAGAAGUGUUCGUGACCUCCAAGCUAUGGAACACCAAGCACCAGCCGGAGGACGUGGAGCCUGCCCUCAGGAAGACCCUGGCCGACCUCCAGCUGCAGUAUCUGGACCUUUACCUGAUGCACUGGCCCUUCGGCUUUGAGCGGGGGGACAACGUCUUCCCUAAGAAUGAAGAUGGAUCAAUGCGCUAUGACACCAUCGACUACAAGGAGACUUGGAAGGCAAUGGAGGCGUUGGUGUCCAAGGGGCUGGUGCGGGCCCUGGGCCUCUCCAACUUCAACAGCCGUCAGAUUGACGACAUUCUCAGUGUGGCCACCGUGCGGCCUGCCGUGCUCCAGGUGGAGAGCCACCCUUACCUGGCUCAGAAUGAGCUGAUUGCUCACUGCCACGAGCGGGGGCUGGAGGUGACAGCCUACAGCCCCCUGGGCUCCUCGGACCGAGCCUGGCGAGACCCAUUGGAGCCAGUCCUGCUGGAAGAGCCCCUUGUCCUCGAGCUGGCCAAGAAGUACGGGAAGUCGCCAGCCCAGAUCCUGCUCAGGUGGCAAGUCCAGCGGAAGGUGAUCUGUAUUCCCAAAAGCAUCACUCCUUCCCGUAUCCUCGAGAACCUGCAGGUUUUUGACUUCACUCUGACGCCGGAGGAGAUGAAGCAGAUGGGGGCACUGAACAAGAAUUGGCGGUACAUCGUGCCCAUGAUAACGGUGGAUGGGAAGCGGGUCCCAAGAGAUGCAGGGCAUCCUCUGUAUCCCUUCAACGAGCCCUUUUAAGGUCCGGCCGUUUUCAGAUUCCGUCUAGCCCGGGCAGGAGCCAAUAUCAAUACACUCAUUAUAGCCUAUGUGA